GCCUGAGAUAAAUCCGAGUCGCGGCGUUGCGAUGUUACGAUGAGCCAUGGGAACGGCUUCACAGCUCCGUCCGGAGAAGCGCUUGAAGGAGAUCCACGAGGCGAGAUGGUCAAGGAUGAUGGCUUUGAACUGGGAGCAUCGGCCUGUAAAAGCCCGAGUCAGAGGAUGGAAUCAAAGAUGUUGGAUGAAAAAAGGGGGAAGUCGGCCUGGAUCGAGAAUCCACCUGCUCCAGGUGAAAUCCGGGCACAAGCAGUAGUCCCAAGCACAGCGCCAGUGGAUGUCGACAUUCUGAGCAAGGAAGCGCUGGUUUGCCUGCAGGACUUUUGCUUUGACCGUGAUUCCCUAUGCUGGCGGGCAUUUGCCACGGUUUCUCACCUGGCAGCCUUUACAGGAAGCCUCACGUUGAGUGUGCUUUUGGCCUAUGUUCUUUUUCCCUUUGAGAAGGCUGAGCUGGGAUUUUGGAACAACUGGAUGUUCAAUUUGGUGGCACAUCCGGUUGCCAACUACAUCGUCGCUCGAGGCGUGCUGGUGCUGUUCGCGAGACCGGUUCUUUGGGACCUAGAGCAAAGGCUCAGUUUGUGCAAACAAAGACAAGAGAUUACACGGCGGAUCCAGAUAGCCGUGCUUUGGGUGCCAAUGGUGGACUCACUGUGGUGUGUUGGCGAGCAUGUGAUUGCUUCCUUUGCCAACAUCUACCCGAUUCCAUUUUCAGGUCCGCUGUCCUGCAUACCGGCAACCUUUGCAAGCUUGGGCAUUUUCUGUCUCGUCCUGCCCAGAGAAGUUCGUGCUCUCCCAAGCACACGAAGCUACUUGAAGUUCGCAAUCUGCUCUUGGGCAGUUUAUUGUGCCUUUUUUACCUUGAUGCUUUUCUACGUGGUAGUUUUCCCACUGAUGGAGACUUGGGUGCAAUUUGCAACGAACCUGCUGGUGACUUUGGUGAUGCACGGAGUGGUCGCUCUGACACUUCAUUUGGGCAAGCUGCACUGGAGUGUCCCAUUUCAUUUCCGUCGCGAAAUGAAGACAUGCAUGAAACUUCCUGUGAUUGUUUUCAAGGCCUCCAUGCUAUCCGACGCCAAAGGAAUUUGGGUUCUCUUGAGCAUGCUUCUACCUGAGGUCUUGGAUGUUGCCAAAGGCCUCGUUGAGGCUUACGUGGAUGUUGCAGGAACACAUCGUCACUGGGCCAACAUCAGAUCGAUGAGCCAAGUUGUUCAAGCCUCUCGCAGAACUCGCCAGGAAUUCCGGGACUUCCGAAAGAGAUUGAGAGAAAUUGCCCAGCUCUGCGAAAUGCUGACGAAAGAAGAGCUCGAAGGUUUGGUUUGGGGAAAGGAGGAUAUCCAUUUACUGAACCAAAUCUCCAAAUCCUUGUGGGCUGUACUUAUGCUGGAAGUCUGUGAGGUGAUGGCGCCGGCAAUUUAUAUUACUCUCUUGCUGUGCUUGCAAAGUGGCACAUUCUUGGGACACAAUAGCUCCUUCUUUUUGGGCCUCGCAGAUGCCAAUCUUCACGAAUCCAUGAUUGCGAACGGCUACAGUCUUGCAGUGGAGGCAACGAUGUUGGUUGCCACGGACCUGUGCACAAGGGCCACCAUGGGAAUCAGCGUUUGGAUGAUCAUCCGGUCUGUCCUUCGUUGUGACUUCAGCUUUUGGCUGAGUAUAUUCGCCAUGGUGUAUGUUGGCUGGCUGACGAUGCUAGUUGAGCACGGUGGCCAUGACUUGGCAUUCGAUUGGUUUCCUCGGGGGGCGUAGGGGUAAACUGGCUCGUUGCUGAGUGGGCCCAUAUUCUGUGAAUGUCGUGAGGCCCCCAUUUGGCUCAGUUGCCUUUGAUGAGCGUGCGCGGUGUUGGACGAUCUAGGCAAACUUGAUUCUGACGAUGUUUAAUCAGCGGCUGGUCUUGCAGGCUGAAAGUCUACUGGACCGCCGGUUUCCUGCGACCAUUUAGUUUCCAACUUGGAUAUUCCUUCUGUGGGUUGGGUGUUUCUUCUUUUCAUGGUGCGCACCGAAGGUGCACAGCACUGGCAAUACAAAUUAUCGUUGAAGCAUGCAUCGCAUGCCUGCAAGCACACAAGACACACGAUUUCAAAAUCACAAAAGGCUUUCCGCCAGCGUUGCUAUACUGGACUUCCAGUUUCCCA